AUGUUCAUCGGUGUUUUGCUGUUGCUCCGCACGUACGCUCUCUUUGAACGUAACUUCAAAGUGCUCGUUUUGCUAGUGGCUGUUGGAUUGGCUUUGGUAAUCUUUGGUAUCGUUGUUCUUGCCUGGGGAAGAAAUGAGAUCCAAUUUCCAGCCACGGUCACGAUGAACCAAGCCGGCUGUCGAUUCUGGCUAGACCAACGAGACGCAUCGUGCCUUGCCUUAGUCUGGGGAGGAAUGCUUCUAUUUGACUUUCUAGUCUUCUCGUUGACAUUGUACAAAGCUUUAACUCUUCAACGAGACAGUAGAAUGACGCUUCUUUCUGUCCUGAUGCGCGACGGUACCAUAUACUUUGGAGUUAUGGCCAUCUCUAUCAUAGGAAAUAUGCUGACUUUUUUGUUGGGCAGCUCUCAAACACGGGGAAUGGCUACCACCUUCACAAAUUCAAUUUCUUCAAUAAUGAUUUCUCGUUUGAUGUUCAAUUUAAGGGAUCCUAGCUUAUCGAGCGUCUUGCGACCCUCUCUACGUUCGUUGGUAUUGCCUCCUAUAGCAGUGCCAACUCUUGACUCUGAGUGCCUCUCAUUUGAAGGAGAUGCAACCGUUUAG